AUGGUCGCUUCCCCGUAUCGCCGCCUCCACGCCUCGUCGCCUCCCCAUAUCGCCGCCUCCACGUCUCGCCGCUUCCCCGUCUCGCCGCCUCCAAGUAUCGUCGCUUCUCCGUAUCGUCGCUUCCCCGAAUCGCCGCUUCCACGUCUCGCCACUUCCACGUCUCGCCGCCUCCCCGUCUCGCCGCCUCCAAGUAUCGUCGCUUCUCCGUAUCGUCGCUUCCCCGAAUCGCCGCUUCCACGUCUCGCCGCCUCCACGUCUCGCCGCCUCCACGUCUCGCCACCUCCCCGUUCGCCGCCGCCUCCACGUCUCGCCGCCUCCACGUCUCGCCGCCUCCACGUCUCGCCGUCUCCACGUCUCGCCGCCUCCACGUCUCGCCGCCUCCCCGUACCGUCGCCUCCCCGUACCGUCGCCUCCCCGUACCGUCGCCUCCCCGUAUCGCCGCCUCCCCGUCUCGCCGCCUCCAAGUAUCGUCGCUUCUCCGUAUCGUCGCUUCCCCGAAUCGCCGCUUCCACGUCUCGCCGCCUCCACGUCUCGCCGCCUCCACGUCUCGCCACCUCCCCAUUCGCCGCCGCCUCCACGUCUCGCCGCCUCCACGUCUCGCCGCCUCCACGUCUCGCUGCCUCCACGUCUCGCCGCCUCCACGUCUCGCCGCCUCCCCGUACCGCCGCCUCCCCGUAUCGCCGCCUCCCCGUAUCGCCGCCUCCCCGUAUCGCCGCCUCCCCGUAUCGCCGCCUCCCCGUAUCGCCGCCUCCCCGUAUCGCCGCCUCCCCGUAUCGCCCCCUCCCCGUAUCGCCCCCUCCACGUAUCGCCGCCUCCACGUAUCGCCGCCUCCCCGUCUCGCCGCUUCUCCGUCUCGUCGCAUCAACUCCCCUGCAGUGCACCGAGCUACAGCGUCCUCAGUUCCGAUCAAGCUUCAUGGGUGACAAAGGAUCACCAAUGCGGCAUCAACCUUUAAUAUUGUAG